AUGACUCGUAGCACUCGGCUCAAGAAAAAACCGUUCCAUCGCGUUAUAUUUCCACGGCGAGCUAGACUUGUCCCAAGGCCCAGAUCGUCGGAAACAAGUCAGCUAGAAAUACAAAGUUCAGCGCUGCCCACGGAUGACUUGGACCAACUCCGCAUCAGCACAGGAAACGACGCGGCAACCAGUACAAUGUUCUCUGGCUAUCUGAUUCCUGAUUUAUUCACCUCUCGUCAACAUCUCAAUGAUUCCCUAGACACAGAGACUUCUGAAAAGCAAGAUGCGGUUGUGCAGGAGUGCCUACCCUUUCUCUCCGCCCUAACGCCCGGCCUACGGUACAAUAAGUACGGCAUUCCCAGCCUUGAUCGCAAACGACACAUUGCCUUUUUGCACCGAAACCUGAGAAGGCUUCCGGCCACCUACACCUCGGCAGACGCGAGCAGACCAUGGAUAUUCUACUGGGCUCUCAACGGACUUGCUACAAUGGGUGAGGACGUUUCAGAGUACAGAACUUCCUUGACGGAAACUGUUCGGUCUAUCCAGAACCCAACGGGUGGUUUCGGUGGAGGAAAUGGCCAGAUGUCACACUUGGCACCAAGCUAUGCCGUUGUUCUUGCCUUGGCUUUGGUUGGAGGCCAUGAGUCAUUUGAUGUUAUUGAUCGGAAAGCCAUGUGGAAAUGGCUCGGAUCUUUGAAACAACCCGAUGGUGGUUUUCAGAUGGCUGUAGGAGGAGAGGUAGAUGUCCGUGGUGCUUAUUGCGCCGUAGUCAUUAUUUCACUUCUUAAUCUUCCUAUAGAGCUUCCGCGAGAAUCACCUCUAUGGUCACGUGAGGAAAACAGAACGUUGCUAACGGGACUUCCAGAAUGGAUUACAAGAUGCCAAUCAUUUGAGGGUGGUAUAUCUUCACGACCUCACGCCGAAGCUCACGGGGCGUUCACUUUCUGUGCACUGGCCUGCCUGUGUAUCCUGGAAGAACCCAGCAAGAGCAUACCACGUCAUUUAAAUGUAUCCCGCCUUAUGGCAUGGCUCUCAGCAAGGCAACAUACUCCCGAAGGCGGCUUUUCGGGCAGAUGUAACAAACUUGUAGACGGAUGUUAUAGUCAUUGGAUCGGUGGGUGCUGGCCUCUCAUUGAAGCUAGCUUAAUCGCUCUCUCGGCGCCAAAUCUGGAUCCCAAUGCCGAGAAAUCCGAUGAUCUUAUGGCCUCAGUUUCAAGCGGGCAUUUAUACAGUCGAGAAGGCUUGAUCAGGUAUAUCCUAUGCUGCUGUCAAGAUCAAACAGAACGUGGAGGCUUGCGAGAUAAACCUUGCCAGAUGUCUGACUCCUACCAUACAUGCUAUGUCCUGGCAGGUCUAGCUUCAGCACAAACAAAUUGGCGCUUCAAUGACAAGGCCAAAGCAGAAGACAUAGCCGGACUCCUCAGUGCUCCAUUUUCUUGGAGUUCGGAUCCUGAUAUCGUCGAGGAUCAGAUAUAUGAUGAGGCUGAUCGUGUAAAGCCUCUACAUCCGAUAUUUGUCAUACCCGAAGAAGCCGUGGUGCAAAUACAUACCCAUUUUUUAAAUAAACAAAAUUUUUGA